AUGGCUCGGAACUGCCUUUGGCUCGGGACGUUGGCCCUCGCCCUGACCCCAAUCCAGGGUCUUGUACCAGUUUGGAAGCGCUUCCCUGGCGGUGCACGCUACGAGUACGGCCUCGAUCCCGUGGUACAGGAUUGGGUGGAGGCUGGCCGCAGUUGCAUCGAGCAAGGCGGUUCCCUUGCCUCGAUUCACAGCCUGGCACAGAAUGACUGGAUCUUUCAAGCACUGCUAGACGGCGAUGCGUCGGAUAUGGCCUGGCUAGGCGGCUACGACAAUUUUGGUCCAGACAUUUUGCCCACGGAAGACCGUGAAUUCCACUGGCUCGAUGGCUCGCCCUUUGACUUUUCCAUCUGGCAACCCAGCGAGGAGCGCCAAAAUCGUCGACAGCCCGUCAUUGCCAUGGGUUCAUCGCACGAGGUGCAAGGCCCGCGGCCAGACGAGGCAGUGUGCAAUUUGCUCCAGCUCAUGCGACUCACCCGCAAGGUGGCUGGAAUGAUCUUCCGCCUGGAGCCAACCGACGAGGCAUCUGCCAGCGCGAACGUCAGUGAUCCGCUCUGUCCGUUUAGUUUUGCCAUGUGUGAUGUGUUGGACCAAUGUCUUGGCAUCUAUACCGAUUGCCGCGAUGGGGUGCGUAGCUUUGUUUCAGGCGGGCAGGACCAGGCUAGGCGCUGCUGUUAA